UCAGUUUUUUAGUGAACAAGUUGUUCUCAUAGAAGCUUUGUGAAUUGUUUUUAGCUUUAAAAAUAUGAUUAAAAUAUUAAUUACUAUUUAAAAAGUCUUACUACUAAGCAAUGGGAAGAAAAGCAUACACAACAUGUCGUAUUUGUUUGCGUUUCGGAAGCAAAAUAGGAAGAAAUUGUAAGUCACUUUUUGAGAUCCACAACAACUCACUUAUUUCAGACGCUAUAACAUUGAUUGCGAAUGUAAAAAUAAAGGAAGAUGAUGGAUUACCCAGUAAAAUAUGUAAAGAUUGUCUUAAGGAGCUUGAAUCUGCAAUCAGUUUUAAACUUAAAUGUGAGAGAUCCAACGAAAUACUUCAUUCUACAGACAAAAAAGAAGUGAAAUCUGAUAAUUCUACAAUAGUGGUUGAAUAUCCAGAUCCCGCUAACGUUGUGAAAAAGGAAGACGAGUCUUCGGACAACGUACAGUAUGAGGAAGUUGAGUAUUAUGAUGAUGCUGUAUUUGAAGACUUUGAAACUAAACCAGACAUAGACAGGGAAGGCACUGAUAUUCCAGAAGUUAAGCCUGAGACGAAGGUUGAAAAAUCAGAAGCUGAUCUGACUACAAAUGAGACAAAUGAACCACCACCUAAAAAAAGCAAGGCCAUAGACCUGAAGUUAGAAUGCCACGACUGUGGCGGAUCAUUCAAGAGCAAAUGUAAACUUCGUGUGCACUGGAAAAAAGUGCAUCUAGCAGAAAAAUUGAUUUGUAAUUUCUGUAAACGAACAUUCAAAGCUUUCAUUCCAUAUAACAAACAUUUGAAAAAAAGGCCAUUGAACUGUCUGCUGGCUAGUAAAACCAGAAUUGAAGGUGUAGGAAAAUCUAGAGUGUUCUUUUGUAAAUUCUGCCACUACGAGACUAAGAGGGUUCAUGAAUUUGAUAACCAUUUGAAUAUUCACACAGGAGCCCGUCCAUACUAUUGCAGUCUGUGUUCCAAAGGCUUUUCACAACGCAGUUCACUCGAUAGUCACAAUGAAGAGAUUCAUAAAAUUAUAAAGAAACAAAUAACUUGUCAAUAUUGCGGUGAGGUAGUAAUUGGUCGCCGCAAGGUAACAAAACAUUUACAGAUGCACACUCGAAGUCCACUCCAAUGUGAUAUUUGUAAGAAAAUGUACAAAUCCAAGGGAACUCUGAUAGAACAUUUAAAACACCAUUCCGAUGUAAAACCUUUCACAUGUGAAAAAUGUGCUGCCAGUUUCUACUCCCAGGUAUCUUUGUAUGCGCACAUUAAAAGAGUUCAUAGGAAUAUUAAACCGGAAUUUAAAUGUCCUACUUGUGGUUACAAGUGUUCUAGAAAUGUUACGUUAAAAAAACACAUUGUUAAACACGCAACCUUUAUUCAUGGUUGUAACAUCUGCGGUAGGUUUUACGAUAACUCUGAUGAUCUUGCAUCACACCAAAAACUUCAUACAAAGGAGAAGUCCAUUUGUUUUCAGUGUAAUAGGAUAUUCUGUAAUGAAAAGUCGUUGAAACGACACAAAAGAGAAACUCAUAAGCAUAAGAAAAAUACUUUGGCAGAGAAAGUUGUGGUGGUAAAAAAAGACCCAAAACGACUUGUAGAAUUCAAAGAUGAAGUGGUAGAGGUGGAAAUAUUGCCCUAUUUCCAACCUUAGUACAUAAUGUACAUUAA